AUGCCCGCCUUCAAAUAUGGAGGUGAACAAAUCAGGAAUGCUACCGGUACUGGACCAGACGACGAAACCACGCCGUUGAUUUUUGCCAGCGGUCCUUCGAAUAGCCAAGAAAGUGCGAUAGGUACAACGUUACAGUACAUUUCCUCUUUGCAUCAUAGGAAUACAUCAGCCUCCUCUCCUAGACCCUUAUCCUCUUCCUCUUCUUCUUCUCCUCCAAAUAUAUAUUCUAGAGAGAUUACAUUUCAUUCAUCGGACGAAUCGGGCAACUGGUUUUUCGAUAUCAUUAUGGAGAAAGCUAAAAACACGAAGAUUGGCUAUUGGGCCGACAAAUUGGCAGUAGAGAGCGAGCCUGGAUUGACGAAUGCUCAACUCAUGUUAAACAAUUAUGAUUUGAAACCUGUCGAACCAGAACGUAGACAAUGGGGAGCCUGGAAUUUUGUAGGAUUCUGGAUCGCGGAUUCGUUCAAUAUUAAUACUUGGAUGAUAUCAUCGAGCAUGAUCGUUGCUCCCAGCGGAUUAUCGUGGUGGCAAUCAUGGCUCUGUGUAUGGGUCGGGUAUUCCAUUGCUGCCUGUUUCAUUGUAUCGACAGCAAGAAUCGGUGCCACUUAUCAUCUUUCCUUCCCAGUUGUCGCUCGAUCCUCUUUCGGCAUCUGGGGUGCUCUAUGGCCCGUCUUCAACCGUGCAGCCAUGGCUUGUAUUUGGUACGGAGUGCAGUCUUGGAUUGGAGGAGAAUGCGUUCAGUUGAUGAUCUCUGCAAUUUGGCCAUCGUUCUCUCCCUCCAAAAUUCACAAUGGAAUUCCUAAUUCUGGAACGAAUACUGUGGCUUUUGUAUCUUUCUUCCUCUUUUGGUUUUGCUCACUUCCAGCAAUUUGGUUUCCGGUUCACAAGAUUCGUCAUCUGUUUACAGUUAAAGCAUAUGUGGUGCCAACUGCAGGUAUCGCAUUCUUCGUCUGGGCCAUCGUUCGCGCAAAGGGUAUCGGCCCAAUCGUUAAACAGGGAAAUACAUCUCACGGAAGUGCAAUGGCAUGGUAUAUGGUCUCUGGAAUCAUGUCCUCCAUCGCCAAUUUCGCGACCCUCAUUGUGAACAGUCCUGAUUUCGCACGUUUCGCACGAAAACCCAAGGAUGCUUUCUGGUCACAACUCAUCACCAUCCCCGUCGGUUUCGCAGUUACAUCUUUCAUCGGCAUCAUUGUUUCCUCAUCCUCGACCAUCAUCUUCAAAGGUGACCCCAUCUGGAAUCCCCUCGAACUUCUCCAAUCAUUUCUUGACGAAGGCAGAUCUGGAAAUCGCGCCGGUGUAUUCUUCAUUGCAACUGCAUUUGCUCUCGCCCAACUCGGUACCAAUAUUGCAGCCAAUUCCGUCUCCGCUGGUACAGAUAUGACAGCUCUCCUUCCACGCUACAUCAACAUUCGCCGCGGUGGUUACGUCUGCGCUAUCGUCGGUCUCGUCAUGUGUCCCUGGAAUCUCCUCUCCAGCGCCAACAACUUCACCACCUAUCUCUCCGCGUAUUCCGUCUUCCUAUCCUCCAUUGCCGGUGUCAUCAUCUCAGACUACUACAUCGUUCGCAAAGGAUACCUCCAAGUCCGCAACCUCUAUUCCGCCAAGAAAACCUCCCCAUAUUACUAUACCCUCGGUAUCCACUGGAGAGGCUACGCCGCCUACAUCGCAGGCAUCCUCAUCAACAUCGUAGGCUUCGUAGGUGCCAUCGGCAAAGAUGUUCCAGCAGGCGCGACAUAUAUUUAUAAAUUGAACUUCUUUUGUGGAUUUAUCAUCGCAGCCAGUAUGUAUUGGAUACUCUGCACACUCUUCCCCAUUCCGGCGACGAGCGAUAGGUGGAUGGAAGUGGGUGACGAAAUCGUGGAUUCGAGUAUGGCGUAUAGCGCGGAGGAGGGAAGUGAGUUUGAGGGGGAGAUGGGGAAGGGCGGAAGGGAAGGCGUGCAGAGGGUGGGGGGUGGGAAGAGGAGUAAUGGGGAUUUAGAGGCUUGA